AUGCCGGCGUUUCAGAGCAAAAAGUUCCGGUCCGCGGCCGACAUGAACAGCAUCGGCAUGCGUUACCGCACCCUCAUGAACAAGCAUCCCUUCCUUAUGUUCGGCCUGCCCUUCAUGGCCGUCAUCGUUGCUGGAUCCUUCGUCCUCACUCCAGCCACUGCUGUCCGCUACGAACGGUACGACCGCAAGGUCCGCCAGAUGACCAAGGACGAGGAACUCAAUGUGCGCCGGUCUGCAAGGAAGGUGGACAUGAAGGAGGAGUACUACAGACUUGCUGGCAAGGACCUUGACGAUUGGGAACAGAAGCGGGUGAAGAGACUUCCGGGUGAGAAUGAUGGCGUGUUGUAA